AUGAGGUUCAGUAAGUUACUGUGGGACACUGCUUACUUUCAGAUGAUCAGCUCGCUACCCCAGUAGUGGAGAACAGGCUGGUCUCCCAUGCCGCAGUCUUUAAGCCCAGCCCCAUCAUGGUCAAAGGUCAGAGCAUAUUCUCACCCAUGAAACAUCCAGAUAAAUAAACACCUGUGCCUGAAAGCACAAAAUGAAAAAGUAUUUAUCUCACCCUUCCCAUACUUCUCCACUCAUCUCCCUCCCUCUGUCUCUCCCUCCCUCUGUCAGGGCUGGAGGCGACAGAGUGGCCUGGAAGAUCUCAGACUCUGAGGCAUGGUCCUGUCACCUACUACCUGGACGGAGCCCACACCAUGGGCAGCAUGCAGGCCUGUGUACACUGGUUCAGCCAGGAGACCCAGCAGGAGGAGAGUAGCAACAGGUUAGUCCCUGCCUGGCCUCUAGGGGGCCCACAGACUUUUCUACAGUGGCCUUAGUUGGUCAAACGAUUGUGGAAAACUGUAGUCCUAUAUGACUGUAAGAAAUAGUUGCAUGCACACAAACAUCAGCACACACCAGCUCAGAAUUGAUGUGAUACUACAUUUUGUGUGGAAAUGACCAUCCAUUCAUUUUACGGUCAGAUUUGAGUAUGUCAUUCUUUGAUAGAUAGCAUCUCUGAGUAGGCCUACUCACUGUGUGUGUGUGUGUGUGUGUGUGUGUGUGUGUGUGUAUGACAGGGGCCCUGUGAUCAGAGUACUGCUGUUCAACACCACAGGAGAGAGGGACUCUGCUGCCAUUCUCAAACUCCUAGAGGUGAGUUCUACAGGUCUGGGAUCAGAUACACAGAUCCUGCUCAUCUCUGCAGCUCUGGCCGGAAUAUGACUUUUGUACAGCACCUAAAGAAGCACAAACUGAUCAAACCCUGAAAUAGACUAAAUAUCUAACAUCUUCUCCCUUUGUUGUCCUUGCAGCCAUGCCAGUUUGAUUUUGCUGUGUUUUGUCCCAACAUCACUGAAACUAUUACAGAAAACAAUGCAGGUGAGUUUUCUGGGGUUUUAACAGACAGCUGCAAAGAAAUGGCAAUUUACUGGAGCAUAAUUGCCACAACAAGUAUGAAACAUAUGAUUACAUAAGUUGCAAUGUUUUUCAUAUGUUGUCUUGGCUAUGUAAAAGAAUGCUACCACAUUCAUUGUCCAGCUGUGAGAAAUGUAUGAGAGGUGUGUGUGCAGUCCUUCACUUUCUUUGUUUGCUCUUCUCUUUUUCAGAUCAGCAGAAUUUCAAUGUGUCUGUGGAGAACAUGCUGACCCGUUGCAUUGACAACCAGAUCAGCUGGCAGAGGCUGAGUGGGACAGACAUUCAGCAGCAGUCUGAGUCUGAGCUGCUGAUAAAGGACAGGCUCCCCCUAGUGGCCAAGACCAGGACCCACACCCUGGUCUUCCCCUGCAUCCUCAGCGCCCUCCAGUGGAUCAGCCAGGGAAGGGAUGUUGUGCUGGCUACUGCAGGGAGCCCCUACCUCCCAGUACAGUCCAGUAUCACAGCUAAAGCAGAACCACUGAGAGAGGCAGCCCACGUCUCUGUCCUGGUCACAGGUAGUCUACACCUAGUAGGAGGGGUGCUGAAAUACCUGGACCCCUCACUAGCCUCCUAA